AUGGUCGGCCACAACCUGCACAGCGCAUUCCGCAGCUGGUUCAAGGAUACUGAGGAAGAUGGCACGCCGCUGCUGCCUGCAGCGCUGUCAAAGAAGUACACGGUGCUGCCGCGCGUGCUGGGCCAGGGCAGCUUUGCCGUCGUCAAGGCGUGCGUCGAGCGCGCCACGGGCACAGAGCGCGCGCUCAAGAUCAUCGCCAAGCGCCCGUUGAAGGACAGCAACGAGAAGAUGCUCGAGGAGGAGAUUGCCAUCCUGGGCAAGGUGGAGGAGGCGCACGUCAUCAAGAUGUGGGACCUCUACGAGACGAAGGAGGGAGUCUUCAUCGUGACGGAUCUCUGCCGCGGCGGCGAGCUCUUCGACCGGCUGGUCGAGAAGGUGCACUACAACGAGCUCGACGCACGGCACAUUGUACGGCAAAUAUUCCAGGGCGUGGCGUACCUGCACGCCCACGACAUCAUCCACCGCGACCUCAAGCCCGAGAACAUCCUGCUGCGCGACGCCGGCGAGCCGUCUGACAUUGUCAUCUCCGACUUUGGCCUGUCGCGUUUCAUUCCCGACGAGGGCCUGCUGAUGACGGCCUGCGGAAGCCCGCAAUACGUUGCGCCCGAGGUGCUGCUCGGCAAGGGCUACGGCCCGCCGGUCGACAUUUGGAGCGCCGGCGUCAUUGCCUACUGCCUGCUCGCCGGCUACACGCCUUUCUACGGCGAGGACCAGCCGUCGCUGUUCCAGCAGAUCAUCGGCAUGCACGUCGAGUUCGAAGAGCAGUACUGGAGCGACAUCUCGCAGGGCGCCAGGGACUUCAUCCUGCGCUGCCUCUGCCCCGCCGAGCAGCGCCUCACGGCCGCGCAGGCGCUGCAACAUCCGUGGCUCAGCAACCUGCCUACGAUUUCGCACGACACGCCCGACGAGCACCGCGGCGCCUGCCUCAAGGAGGUCGCCAAGCGGCACUCGACGUCGAAGCAGAAGUUCGGCCGCGCCGUCACGGCCGUCGAGACGGUGGCGUACCUGCGCAAGCUGCACACGCUGCGGCAGCAGCACUCGCACCCGGACAUGCAUCCCGAGAAGCUGCACAGCCUGCUGCGCGUCGCCACUGCCAUCGACAUCAACACCGAGGGCCAGGCCGUCGUCAACCCGCACGCGACGGCGGAGCAGGCGCGCGACGCGCAGAUGCUCAUCGACAAGGCGUCGUCAAAGACGCUGACGCCCGAGCCGUCGCGCGACUCGUCGCUGCUGGACGAGAAGCGCAGUCACGGGCAGCGCGCGCCGUCGCGCAUGGACGUCGAGCUGUGCAUCAUGGGUGGCACAGCACCGACGCGCGGCAGCGGCGGCGGCGGCACGAGUGCUGCCGCAGCCGCUGCCGAGGCCACGUCUCACGGCGAGAACCCGGCCGGCAACUCGCUGGGCCGGCCAGUGGAGGACGCAGAGGCUGGCAAGCAGGGCGGCGCGCCGGACAGUCCUGCGCGGUCCGCAUCGGGCCUGUCCGACACGACCCUCAAGCCAUCGGGCCGCAGCAGUGCCGCCAAGCAGGCCAGCGCCGCGCCGACCAAGGAGUCGACGCUCGACGCGCUGCUCGACCAGUACAAGUCGAGCGCGCUGCCGUCGUCGGCGCGCGUCGACCCGCACGCGCCGCUCACGCAGCCCGAGGGCAUGAGCCUGUCCAAGGCGUGGCGCUACGUGCCCUUUCUCUUCAACCAGGGCAUCUCGAUUGGCAGCGCAAUCGCCUCGCACGCCAUGUACGGGCCGCUGAAGAAGAGCUGGGGCCUCGAGAUGACGAUCUUCACGCGCAUCAUCCGCGAGACGGCGCGCUACUCGGAGUUUGCCACGAUCUCGGGCCUGCAGAACUUCUUUGAGAUCAGCAACUUCCUGCCCGUGCCCAAGGACGGCCUCAUCACGCCCGUGACGUUCCGCGUCAAGAAGCGCGGCCUGCGCGGCCUGCUCGCCGAGGCCGACGCGGCCGAGGACGGCAAGCGCGAGCUGACGGGCGAGUGGGUCGUCGGCAAGCAGACGUGGCGCCGCCUGCAGGCCGAGUGGCGCACGGGCAAGAGCCGCGACAAGGAGCGCGUCAUUCUCUACAUCCACGGCGGCGCGUACUUUAUCAUGUCGGCCGUGACGCACCGGCCGGUGACGAUCUCGCUGUCCAAGUACACCGAGUGCCGCGUGUUUGGCAUCAACUACCGCCUGGCGCCCGGCUGCCAGUUCCCGGGCCCGCUGCACGACGUCGUCUCGUCCUGGUUCCGCCUCGUCGACGACCUCGGCAUCCCACCGGGCAACAUCGUGCUCGGUGCCGACUCGGCCGGCGGCGGCCUGGCGCUGGCGCUGAUGUACUACCUGCGCGACAACAAGUACGACCUGCCCGCCGGCGCGAUUCUGUUCAGCCCCUGGGUCGACCUGACCAUGUCGUGCGACUCGUGGGAGACGAAUGCCGAGUUCGACUAUCUGCCGCAGAUGACCAGUGGCAACCACAUGGACCCGGUGCGCGCGUAUCUCGGCGACAACAUCGACAAGUACAUCACGCAUCCGUACGCGAGCCCGCUCUUCGGCGACAUGCACGGCCUGCCGCCGCUGCUCAUCCAGUGCGGCGACGCCGAGGUGCUGCGCGACGAGUGCACGCUGCUCGCACACAAGGCGUCGCUCUCGGGCGUCGCCGUGCGCCACGAGCUGUACGAGGACUGCGUGCACGUGUUCCAGGCAUUCCUCUUCCUCGACGCCUCGCGCAAGGCGCUGCAGUCCGCACGGCACUUUGUGCGCACCGCACUCGACAAGCGCGGCCGCCGCAAGGCCGAGCAGCGCGAGGGCAGUCGCAAGGACGUCGACGCCGAGAUGCGCGCCGGCAUGCAAAACGAAAAGGGCGAGCGCGUCGAGCCGCGCACCGGCCGGACACCCGGGCCGGGCGACCGCGAGGGCGCCGACUCGGACACCGAGACGAUGGGCCAGGGCUCGAGCACAAUGGACGGCAACGCCGCCGACGAGCGCAGCGACGACGACUGGUCCGAGUUCGAGGGGCGCCUCAAGCAGGGCGUGGCCAAGACGGCCAACGCGCCGGCCAAGCUCGCCGCCAAGGCGCUGGGCGUCGACGACGAGGACGUCACGCGCCAGCAGGCCAACGCCGGCGAGGGCUCGAGCCGCGCGAGCGAGAAGCGCGCCUCUGCCUCGUCGAGCGAGAUGCGCCGCAGCCAGAGCCAGCCGUCGGACGCGCCCUCGAUCACGCCGACCUCGCCGCUGGCCAGCGGCAGCACCGCCGCAGCAUCGCCCGCACCGGGCAGCGCGCGCAAGCACCGGCGCAACCUCUCCAACACGUCGGGCGUCACGCCGUACUCGCUCUCGGCGGCGCGCGAGCGCGCCGAGGCGGGCAUGAAGCAGCAGGAGUCGGCGGCGCAGGCACACAACCUCGCGCGCUUCCACGACCCGGCGCAGGCGCUCAAGCCCAAGAUGCGGCGCACGGCGAGCAACGCCGCCAUCGAUGGGCUGCUGCAGUCGUUCGAGACGGACCCCAAGGCUGUGCGCACGCGCGUCUUUACGCCGGGAGAGUAG